UCUUCAAUUCCAAGACAUGGACACGCGCGUUCUAUAUUAUUUUUCGUGCGUUUUUAGUUUACAAUACGCAAGCAGUGUCAAAGUGAGUUUCGUGGACGACCCCAGUGUUUUGUCAGCAAAAAAAGAAGAACUUACACCACUGCUUAUAUCAUGUGGAUUAAACGAUAUUCUUAUAAUAGCAGCGCCUCUUAUUGACAAUUAUACAAAAUACUACUUGAGCAAGCCAAAUGGCGACACGCAAAAACUUAAUAUAAGUCUAUCGUGUAAGAAUGUGUCCCAGACCGAUAGAAUUAUUAUUAAAUAUUUUAAGACUGUUAGAGUAAUAUCUCCAGUAAACCAGUAUAGUAUUUUUAACGUAAAUGAUGGCGUUAGCCUUAUGGAUGAAACAGAUAUAUUCGGAGAAAGAGAAAGAAACAUGGAAGGAAAAGAAUUCAUGAUUGGUCCGUUGAGUCCUGAAGAUCAUGGUAAUUGGGUGUUGAGUGCAUUUAACAUGAGAUAUGAUGGGAAGUGGGUGGAGGUGUUUCAAGUGAUCACUAUUGAAAUAAUUGAAAUAGUACCGCCGAAUGUACAAAAACCAGUGAUAAGUGUAGGCGAUAACUUCGAACUCAGCUUCGCAUAUCCUAUAGCUAACUUAGAGAGCUGUGAAAUAAUGGCUCCAAGGUCUACUUUCGACAGAUUUUAUACAAGAAACAAGAAUAACAUGAGGAACUGUGGGUUUAUCUUACCAAAUAUAACGCGGGAAGAUGGCGGAGUAUGGAGAAUUAUUGGAGUUGGAAAAAUAGUGUAUGAAGCGACGGCAUUCUUGACUAUUAAAGAUGUGGUUUUAUAGCAUUUUUGUGUAUUACUUUCUCUUAAUAGGUUUCCUGCAUUAAGGCAAAAUUCAUUUAUAUUGAUAAAUUAAAUUUUAGGAAACUAUAAAAUAUGACUUUAAAACACAUCUAUAUAUUUAUAUCAUAUUAUUUUACUGGUACAAAUAAAACACGCGUUGGAUUUACAAUAUUUAUUAAUUAAAUCAAUAAUAAAACUAUUAAAAUAACUAUUUACAAGUAACAAUAAAAUACUUAUGCUAAAGGCACUCACUCACACCUUUACUCCUAAACCAUUUCAUCAUAGCUUCUGUUGCAUCUAAACUUUACU